CGCCGGUACACAAAGAGGACAGUUUGCCGUUGGAAGCCGAGUGGCCUCCGCAGUCGCCCCUUCCACGCGGACUCGCUGGCCCGGCGCACACGAACAGCGUCGCCCCGGAGGUCGUGGCCGGCGGAGAGCUGCGGGCGCCAUGAGUCAGAGGCAGGUGGUGCAAGUAUUCGAGCAGUACCAGAAAGCCCGGACCCAGUUCGUGCAGAUGGUGGCAGAGCUGGCGACCAGACCCCAAAACAUCGAGACCCUGCAGAACGCGGGUGUAAUGUCUUUGCUGAGACCUCUUCUUCUGGAUGUGGUCCCAACAAUUCAACAGACUGCAGCUUUGGCUCUUGGGAGACUGGCUAAUUAUAAUGAUGACCUAGCGGAAGCAGUUGUGAAGGGAGACAUUCUUCCACAGCUUGUUUAUUCGUUGGCAGAACAGAAUCGUUUUUACAAGAAAGCAGCUGCCUUCGUGUUACGAGCAGUUGCUAAACAUUCUCCUCAACUAGCUCAGGCAAUAGUUGAUUGCGGAGCACUGGAUACGCUGGUGAUAUGCUUGGAAGAUUUUGACCCUGGAGUCAAGGAGGCUGUAGCCUGGGCUCUUGGAUAUAUUGCAAGACAUAAUGCAGAACUGUCACAAGCUGUGGUGGACGCGGGAGCGGUUCCUCUUUUAGUACUCUGUAUCCAGGAGCCAGAAAUUGCUUUGAAAAGGAUUGCUGCUUCGGCUCUCAGCGAUAUUUCAAAGCACUCCCCAGAGUUGGCACAGACAGUGGUGGAUGCGGGAGCAAUUGCUCACUUAGCCCAGAUGAUCCUGAACCCUGAUGCUAAACUGAAGCGUCAGGUCCUUUCAGCUCUCAGUCAGGUUGCAAAACAUUCUGUGGAUCUGGCAGAAAUGGUGGUUGAAGCAGAGAUUUUCCCAGUUGUACUUACCUGUCUGAAGGACAAAGAUGAAUACGUGAAGAAAAAUGCUUGUACUUUAAUUAGAGAGAUUGCAAAACAUACACCCGAGCUCUCACAGUUGAUAGUUAACACAGGGGGAGUUGCUGCUGUGAUCGAUUGCAUUGGGUCCUGCAAAGGCAACAUUAGGCUGCCUGGCAUCAUGAUGCUUGGUUAUGUCGCGGCUCAUUCUGAGAACCUGGCGAUGGCGGUCAUCAUUUCCAAGGGCGUGGCCCAGUUGUCAAUCUGCUUGUCAGAAGAAACGGAAGAUCAUAUUAAGGCAGCUGCUGCUUGGGCCUUGGGACAGAUUGGGAGACACACUCCAGAGCAUGCGCGGGCUGUGGCAGUCACAAAUACUUUGCCAGUUCUGCUUUCAUUGUACAUGUCAACAGAAAGCUCAGAGGAUCUUCAAGAAAAAAGCAAAAAAGCCAUAAAGACUAUCCUACAAAAAUGCACCUAUUUACCAGCCCUUGAGCCAUUUCUAUAUGAUGCCCCUCCCAAUAUUCUGAAGCAUGUGGUUGGACAGUUCAGUAAGGUGCUGCCACAUGAUAGCAAAGCUCGACGACUUUUUGUAACAAGUGGUGGACUUAAAAAGGUUCAAGAGAUAAAAGCAGAACCUGGCUCUCUCCUUCAAGAAUACAUUAACAGUAUUAACAACUGUUAUCCAGAGGAAAUUGUGAGGUAUUAUUCUCCUGGAUAUUCAGAUACACUUCUGCAAAGAGUGGACAGCUAUCAACCAAUUAUUAAUUAAACAAAGUUGUAUUUUUAUACUUGAAUUACAGCAGAAUACAUAUGAAUAACAAUUAUUAAAGCUCUUUCUAAAUAUUUGAACUAAGUACAUUCUAGAUUUAUUCAAUGUGAAAUACCUUUGGAUAAUAUUUUCUAAAUUUAUGUAAUACUUUAAAAAUUAGUGGUUUGUAUAUGUGAGAAAUUAUUCAUGGUCAUUUAUACAAGACUUUCUCUAAACAUAGAAUUUAAAAAAGACAUUAAAGGGUUUUAAGACAUUUGUUAUCGUUCUGUUAAAAACCAUAUAUAUACACACGCACACACCCCCAACUAGAUACAGAUGAAAGAUGGUAUUCAAAAACUCAAAGUAUUUUGGCCAAUUCCUCAUAAGCUUAGGCAAGGAAAGCUAGCCUUGCAAAUUCCACAGUAGAAUAUAGAAGGGAAAUAGUUGAAAGGGGAAACUGAUAACAGAAGUACAGGGCACUUGAAAGAGACUCUGUUGCUGGUUACAUAAAUGCAUUAACUGAACACACAGAAUCUAUGGAUAACCUGUCAGAUUUUCUUAAGAACUUAGGAAACUCUCCCCUUCAUCCCAAGUUUUCCAGACUCUUUUCUUACCCUACCUAAACUGUUCCUUACCUUUCAAGGGGUUGGAGAGGAUAGAAGUCAACAUUAAGCAUUAUAUUACUGCUGACAUGCUUUCCAUUUUCACUAAAAAGGUUUCUUAUUCUAGCUCUACUCAUGAAUAAACAAGGAAGUAGGCAUGUAAAAUGAGUCAUCAGUAUUCCCUUGUCCUAGCUUCACUUACCCAAGUUUCAAAAGUCACAUAUUUUCAGAGAUUUAAGAUAUAAUUAGAAAAGAAUACCAUCAGGCUCAGAUUUUAUAUGCAUCUUUACUUAGGGAAUUAAAAAGGGGCUGGGAGGGGUUCAAAUAAAAUUUUAAAUAAAAACAGCA